UAAAUGUGAUAUAAAAUUGCUAUAAAUUUAAAUAAACACCAAAUAAUUUUAACCAUACUUUACCAGAACAAAUAAAAAUGCUUUUGAAACUUACAAUUAGUUUAUGUCUCAUAGGAGUGAGUGUUAGCGUCCCGUGGGAACCGGAGCCCAAAGGCGGCGAUUGGAUCAAAACCCAUGAAAGACUUCUCAACCAAACACUGCAACACAAGAAUGACAUUAAACUCGUAUUUCUGGGCGACUCCAUAACCAACCGAUGGGUCAAUGGUGACGGGAAAGCCGUGUGGGAGAAGCACUACGCGGCCAGACAUGCCUACGAUUAUGGUGUGGAAGGGGAUCGUACGGAGAACGUCCUCUGGAGGAUACAGAAUAAAGAGUUCGAUGACAUCACCCCGAAAGCACUCGUCAUGUUAAUCGGGACAAACAAUUUGGGCGACUGUACUGCCCCUGAUAUAGCUCACGGAAUCCAAGAGAUCAUCCACCAAUUGGAGGCCAAACUUCCCAACACUAAACUACUUCUGUUGGGAGUCCUUCCACGUGACGGCAAUUUCGGACUCAAAGUCGAGGAAAUCAAUAAAAUAAUCGCUAAAUUCGAUGAUAAGAAGCGCGUCUUCUUCCUCGAUAUGUCCAAAGAGUUCGAGACAGAGCCGGGCAAAGAGAUCCCCGACCGGUACAGCUCUGACAAAGUGCACCUCGUCCUCAAGGGCUAUGAGGUUUGGCAGCAGACUAUGGAACCACUUCUGAAAACUCUGUUGGGAGAGUAACUUACCAUGCUCAUCAAUAUAAUGUUAAUUCUUAUUUA